UUCAUUAAUUUCUCUUCACAUUCCAACCUGCAUCCCCCAUACAAACCACCCUCCAUAAUUUCUCCCCCAUAUCUUCUCUCCUCUCUAAGUGAGAGAAAGAGAGAGAACAUGGAUCAAACUGAUCAGCACCACAACCAACAGAGUCUAACUCAAUUCGUUAGCUCCCAACUUUAUAAAAGGAUCACACAUGUGCUACUCUCACUUUCUGUUGUGUUUUCCUUCUUUUUAUCCAACUCAUCAUGGUACACCUUGUUCCUCCAUUCCUUCAAUUUUCACUUCUCUACAUUCCCUUUCCAACUGCUAGCCCACACCAUGGGCAAAAACUGCAUUUUUCUCAUUUGCAACGGAAUCGUAAUGCUCCUUGCUAAGACAUCUGGUUUAAUCCAUUCUUUGCCUGCAUCCGACCACCUUAACGAUCAAUUAUUAAAGAAGAUUGGAGAUGGAGAUGUUCUGCAAUUGUCGUUGGAGACGAAGGACUCAUUGCUAGAGAAACAAGUUACCGUGGAAACUCUACAACAACAACAACAACAACAACAAGACUCCAUGGAAGGAGAGAGUGAAGAAGACUUGAACUUGAAUGUAGAAGGUGAAGAGCAAGAGGCACGAAAUGGGUUUUUGAUUACAGUAGGCGGAGAAGAUGAAGAGAAUGAGAAAGAUUUAAGCACUAUUAAUAAUGGAUUUGCAAUCGAAGAAGAAGAAGAAGAUGGGUUGUUGAGUAGAGAAGAAUUGAACAAGAAAUGUGAUGACUUCAUAAGAAGGAUGAAGGAAGAAAUCAGGAUAGGAGCUCAACAACAACAACUAGUCAUGGCUUAAUAAUAAUAAACAACUACAAAUUUUUAUAGGAAUACAUGCAAAAUCAGUCUUAUAUCAUGUUUGUAAUAUGAUGAUUGGGAUUUUUUUUUUCCACAGUUGGAUAGUUGUGCAUAGGUGAUUUAUGCUUUUUGUAGUUUAUUAUGGUUCAUGUCUGUUAUAAUACAUAUGAUGCAUAAUCAUAUAUAAGUUAUAAUCUAAACUGGUGUGGAUUACAAUC